AUGGUUUUUCAAGCUGGAAGCAGAGGCGGUCGUGGUGGCUCUAGAGGUGGCCCAAGAGGCGGUGCCAGAGGUGGAUUUGGUGGAGGCCGUGGUGGAGCCAGAGGUGGCUCCAGAGGCGGUUUCGGCGGUGGCCGUGGCGGUGGCAGAGGCGGUUUUGGCGGUGGAGCCGGCCGUGGAGGUCCUAGAGGCGGUGGCCGUGGUGGCCCAAGAGGUGGUGCUAGAGGCGGUGCCAGAGGUGGUGCUAGAGGCGGUGCCAAGGUGGUGAUCGAACCCCACAAACACGCCGGUGUGUUUAUCGCCAGAGGCAAAGAAGAUCUGUUGGUCACCAAGAACAUCGCUCCAGGCGAGACCGUUUACGGUGAGAAGAGAGUCUCCGUUGAAGAACCUUCUAAAGAAGAAGGUGUGCCUCCAACCAAGGUAGAAUACCGUGUGUGGAACCCUUUCAGAUCCAAGUUGGCUGCCGGUAUCAUGGGUGGUCUAGAUGAGCUUUUCAUCGCCCCAGGCAAAAAAGUGCUGUACUUGGGUGCCGCUUCCGGUACCUCUGUCUCGCACGUUGCUGACGUGGUUGGUCCUGAAGGUCUAGUCUACGCCGUCGAAUUUUCUCACAGACCCGGUAGAGAACUGAUUUCCAUGGCCAAGAAGAGACCCAAUGUGAUCCCCAUCAUCGAGGACGCCAGACAUCCUCAAAAAUACAGAAUGCUCAUCGGUAUGGUCGACGCUGUGUUCGCUGAUGUUGCCCAACCGGAUCAGGCCCGUAUCAUUGCUUUGAACUCCCAUAUGUUCCUAAAGGACCAAGGUGGUGUUGUGAUCUCCAUCAAGGCCAACUGUAUCGACUCUACUGUCGAUGCCGAGACCGUUUUUGCCAGAGAAGUGCAGAAAUUGCGUGAAGAACGCAUCAAGCCUUUGGAACAAUUGACCUUGGAACCUUACGAAAGAGACCACUGUAUUGUCAUUGGCAGAUACAUGAGAAGCGGAUUGUAA